AUGUUGUAUAAAAAUGGUUGUGCAAUUGAACGAAUUCUAAAAUGUAAAUUAUCCAAAAAUGAUUUUGAUAAUUUAUUAUUCUGGUCUGGUUCUAUCUGUCAUUUGGAUGGCGAAAAACCGGCAUUUAAACAUUUUAUUAUUGGACAAGAAUGGUUAUGUACAAUGAAUCAUCCACAGAGAGAAUUGGAAAGUAAAAUAUAUUUCAAUUCAAUUUUAGAUAUUCAAUGUAUUGGUGAUUUAGCUAUGUUUUUAACUUGUCAAAUUACACGAAAUUAUAAUCAUAUAUGCGUUGAGUUUGUUAGUAAAUUGACUGGACAACAUCAGAAAGCUGUCAAAUCUAUUAAGAAAACUAAACGAAGAGUAAAAUUUACGCAAAACUUAGAAACAGAGAACAAGGAAUAUACUUUCAAAGAUAAUAAGAACACUGGUCAACCAGUUGGGAUAUUAUCCUCAAAAGUUGAUUCAUUUAGUGAAAAUUAUCCUAAUGAUCAAAUGUUCAAUGUCAUACGAAAAUUACACAUUUAUUUAACUGAUACAAAUUUUAUUGGAUAUGAUAUUUUACAAAAAGCAAUGAAUGCAUGGUAUCAUUCAAAUAAACAAUUUCAAAAUAUGAUUAAAAAUCUUAUACAUUUAAAUAAAUUUCAACUUCCACUAACUGUAUGCACAAAUCAACAAUCAACUAAUGAAAAUAUUGAAACAUUGAUCAAUAAUGUAACUAGAAAAAAUACUAUAGUUUAUUCAACAACUGCUAUCAAUGAAGAUUUACAACAGUUAAUGAGUAUGUUUAAACCAUAUUUUAAAAAUAACAUCAAAGCAUCUACCGGGAUAAAUCAUAUUCAAUUGAAUAAAACAAUUGAUCAUUGGAUAAGUCAAAGUAAACUGAUGAUGAAUGAGUCAUUCAAUGAAAAAUCGAUAAAGUGUGAUUUAAUUUCUUCGAUCGAUCAACAACUCAGUCAAUUGCAUGAUAAUUUAUUACAAAAUCUUAUCAAUUAUCUUUUGACUGAUCAUGUUGUAAAAAUAUUAUUAAAUAAAGCAAUUACAAUUAUGGAGAUACUUGUAACACAAAUUAGAUUUACACUACCUUCACAAUCAAUUUAUCUUGCAAGCCAAGUCACACAGGAGUUUGAUGAACCAGAAAGUUGUGAUAAACACAUCACAUCAACUCAUUCGAAACAAACAUCAAGUGAUCAUCGUAUGAAACUUGUCAUUCGUCUCAUGAACACAAUCAAUUUGUUACUUCCAUACAUUCUACCAAUAUUCUCACAAUCAAAUAGAAAUCAUCGUCUAUUGAAUACACAUGAAAUUGCAAUCACUGUUGAUGAGGUUGUUAUGAGAAGGAGAUUGGAAGGAAUUAUUUCAUGUCUGAUUGAACAUUUAAUACAGUUGCCAUCUAUAAUUGAUGAGUUCUCAUCAGAUUAUGUGAAUCGAGAAUGUCCUGGCCAAUCUAACUGUUUUCAAAUUGAAUUGGAAUCAUGGAUUCGACAAUAUGAAAUGUCGAGAUUGGAUAUAAUGUGUAAAGAAUUUGUAUGCAUUGAUCAAUGGCUACCAGAAAUAUUGAACAACACAAAUUCAUGCCCAACCACAACAUCAUCAAUUCGGAAUAUUUUGAAAAAUCACACUGAACUAGGUGUUUUUAUACAUCAAUUAAAUUAUCAAUUGAAUUGUUUCUUUUCUGAACUUAUUUCAAAUACAUCUAAUGAUGUAUCAGUUAAAUUUCCCACCACCAAUAUGAUAACCAAUCAUCAAUCAAAUAUUUGUCAAAUUGAUUGGAUUAAACAACUCAUUUAUCAUGUAAUAAUCAAAUCGAAAAAAUCAAUGAUCUAUUUCAUAGAUUGCCUUUUAGCGCAUGCAUGUACAACAUUCAAUUUAAUCAAGUCAAAAAAACUGACCAAUCAUCAUGAUGACAUUAUCAAAAAUGGAGUUUGGUUUAAUUUGAACAUUGAACAAAAAGAAGAAUAUGUCGCCACAAUCAUUCGUUCAUUAUUCAUCAUUGAUUGGUUCACAGAACAUUAUUCAAAUUUUUUAAUUGAAUCACUCAUAAAAGAUGUAGGAUUUAAAGAUUUACUUUAUCUAUUUAAUACAAAAAAUAUUAUUUCUUUAGUUGAUAAAUUAUCUGAAAUAACUACAUUGAAUUUAGUACAAAUUAAAUUAGUCAAAUGUGUACUCAUUGCAUUAGUGAGUCGAUUAUAUGAGAAAUUUCAAAUGAAAAGUUCAAUUUCAUGAUGAGUUAAACUACUUAAAUAUGAAGAGUAAUGAUAAUGUGCACUAUGAGAAUGUAUAAAUGUUUUAAUCACCUAUUUAUUGUAGAGUAAUUAUUUACACUUAAACAAUGCGUUAUAUAUCUAUCUAUUGAUCGUGGGGAUGUAUACUUGUAAAUACAUUCAUCUAUUGAUUAAUUGAUGUGAAAUCCUUUACUCUUGUUAGUUCAGUGUAUAUCAUAUAAAUCUGGCUGCAUGUACCUACCUCAUUUUGUUUGAUUUUCAAGUUGAAAUAAAAAUCUAUGCUUACAA